AUGUCAUAACGGAUUCCAAUCAACAUAUUUUGUUGGCAAUAAUCAAUUCCCUUAUAUAGACUAAAAUACUAUUAUAGUUGGAGACUCAGAAUUGCGAGUUACUACUAGUAGGAAGGUUUCACAGAAACACAUCUCUCUCAUAUGGAAGGAAUGAUUCUUAAGAAAAGUCCACAUCGGAUAUAAGGAUGGUAAUAGAUAUGGGUAGAAUGUUCAGACAAUCGCUUAGUUUAUUACUUGCCAGACAAUCGGAACACUCCUUUUGGAAUUAUUGAUUUUAAUAUAAUGACAUAUUCCAUAUAGAGAAUCAUAGAUUAACAUGGUAAUUUAAUCGAAUUUGUGUAAAAAAAUAAUCUAUUUGUAGUUUAGUACCUAGUGGUUCCAAAAAAACUUUAUAUUUAAAGCUAAAACAAGUUUAGAAACACAGAAAUGGUUUAAUGCUGUAUCAGAAUGCUGGAAAGAUUCUGAAGGGGCAAAAAGGAUACUCUAAAGUUUGAAUAAGUAUCCUAAAUUUUGGAGAGUAUUUAAUCCUUUAAAUUUAGACCGACAGAAUAUCUUACGAAUAAUUCUCUAAAGUUGGAGAGGCUGGUGACAUACUCCUAUUUAGAGGAAGAGGAAUCAAUUGUUAAAUAUAGAGGGGACUUACUGGUUCUGAAUAUGAUCAUGCUGCAAUAUUGUUAAGAUUUCAAUCUGGGCCGUUGUACAUGCUAGAAGCAACUGGAUAUUUUGGAGUUGGAUUGUGUUCCUGGAGUAUUAAGAUUAUUAAUGUCUUUAGAGGAUAUAAUCGAAAAUAGAUGGUUUGAAUUAUAUGAAAAAAUAAUGAUAAGAAGACUAGACAUUGAUCGAGAUCAUUAAUUUAUAAGAACUGUUUAGGAGUUUGUGAAUGAGAAUAUGGGUAAAAAAUAUUAGUUCUAACCUAUCCAAAUGUUGAAAAAUAAUCGUUCAGUUUAAUAGAUAAAUAAUUAAACUAAUAGAGUAAUUUUUAUUUUUAUUUGUAUUUUAUAGUAAUAAAGAACAUUUUUUUGUUCUGAAAUGAUUGUGGCUCUGUAUAAAAAGUUGGGAAUCUUUGAUUAGAGAAAUUCAUUCGGACCAUUUUUGCCAGGCGAUUUGUCUUCUUUAAAUAGGGGGUUUAAUGUAUUAGAGGGAAAAUUGCACCCAGAAUAAUUAAUUGAUUUUAGUGAUAUCUGA